AGGGAAUCUCGCGUUGGACCAAUGGAGCUGGCGCUUACAGGGCUAACCCCGCGGCGGGGGCUGGGUAGCCAAUGAGCUGCGCGUUUAGAGCGGCGGCUCGGGUUUUGAAUUGGUGUCGGCGGCGGCUUAUGGAGGCGAGGCUCCUGAAUAGAAAAACACAGACUUGAUCAUGGCUGACAACAGUACGCUUGUGUCCGAUGCAGGGAAGAGUCUCCUGGCAGAUUCUUCUGUUCUAGAUUCAAAAAUUGCAGAAACCUCUAAGGAGACCAUAUUUACUGGAUCUACUUCAGAUCAUGAAGAGGAAAUGCCUCAGAUUGUAACACGAGUGGCUUUGGUUCAGGAAGCUGGGAAACACGAGGCACUCCUGAAAGCUUUGGAGACCAUUAAGAUAAUGGAAGUCCCAAUUAUAAAGAUAAAGGAAAAUAGUCCUGGUAAAUCAGAAGAAAAACUAAUAAAAAGUAUUAUUCAUAUGGAAAUUAAGGUGCCAUAUAUAAAGACGGAAUCAGUGGAAGAGUUUGGGGAUUUUGAGUCUCCAGAGUUUGAGACGGUCUUCGUUAUAGCAGACUUUCAAGAUUCAAUCUUUAACAAGUUGUACAAGGCUGAUUGCCGAAUUCUUGGACCUCCAAUAGUACUUCGUUGUGCCCAAAAAGGAGAGCCUCUGCCUUUUUCUUGUCGUCCACUGUACUGUGCAAGUAUGUUGAAUCUGGUGCUCUGCUUCGCAGGAUUCAGAAAGAAAGAAGAACUAGUUAAGCUGGUGACCUUGGUUCAUCAUAUGGGUGGAAUCAUUCGAAAGGACUUCAGUUCAAAGGUUACACAUCUGGUGGCUAAUUCUAUACAAGGAGACAAAUUCAGAGUUGCAGUGAGUCUAGGCACUCCUAUCAUGAAAACGGAAUGGAUUUACAAGGCUUGGGAAAGAAGAAAUGAAAUUGACUUCUGUGCAGCUGAUGAAGAAUUCAGAAAUGAGUUCAAGGUUCCCCCAUUUCAGGAUUGCAUGUUAAGUUUCCUUGGAUUCUCUGAUGAAGAAAGAGCUAACAUGGAAGAAAUGACAGAAAUGCAAGGCGGACAGUACUUACCUGUUGGUGAUGAAAGGUGCACCCACCUGGUUGUUGAAGAAAACACAGUAAAAAAUCUUCCAUUUGAGCCUCCAAAAAAACUUUAUGUUGUAAAGCAGGAGUGGUUCUGGGGAAGCAUUCAGAUGGAUGCCAGAGCUGGAGAGCCCAUGUACUUAUUUUCAAAGCCAGAGAGUCCUGGACUCAAAAAGUCUGUGUCUCAGCUUUCCCUGAAUACUCCUAAUAGCAACCGCAAGAGACGUCGCUUGAGAGAAACCCUUGCUCAACUUACGAGAGAAACUGACAUGUCGCCAUUCCCUCCUCGGAAACGUCCAUCAGCUGAACAUUCCCUUUCCAUUGGGUCGUUGUUGGAUAUUUCUAACACGCCAGAGUCUAGUGCUGCCAAUGGAGAGACUCCCAUAUCGUGUGCAAAGCCUUCUAAAAAUUCAACUCCUUUGCAUUCAAAGCAGUCGGCAAGAUGGCAGGUUGCAAAGGAACUGUAUCAGACAGAAAGUAACUAUGUAGAUAUUCUGACAACAAUCAUUCAAUUAUUUCAAGUUCCACUGGAAAAAGAAGGGCAGCUUGGAGGACCUAUUCUUGCACAGGAAGAAAUUAAGGCUAUAUUUGGCAGCAUUCCAGAUAUCCUUGAUGUGCACACUAAAAUAAAGGAAGACCUUGAAGAUCUUAUGAUAACCUGGGCUGAAAGCAAAAGUAUUGGCAAUAUCUACCUUAAAUAUUCAAAAGAUUUGCUGAAAACAUACCCUCCUUUUGUGAACUUUUUUGAGAUGAGCAAGGAAACUAUUACGAAAUGUGAAAAACAGAAACCACGCUUUCAUGCUUUCCUAAAGAUAAACCAAGCUAAACCCGAAUGUGGCCGUCAAACUCUAGCUGAACUCCUUAUUCGACCAGUACAGAGACUGCCUAGUGUUGCUCUGCUUUUAAAUGACCUUAGGAAACAUACAGCAGAAGACAACCCAGAUAAAGGCAUUUUAGAAAGAGCCAUUGAAUCAUUAAAGGAAGUGAUGACACACAUUAAUGAAGAUAAAAGAAAAACAGAAGCACAAAGGCAAAUUUUUGAUGUUGUCUAUGAAGUUGAUGGAUGUCCAGCCAAUCUCUUGUCCUCUCAUCGAAGCUUAGUUCAACGAUUGGAAACAGUUGCACUUGGUGAUGACAUCUGUGACAGAGGAGAACAGGUCACACUUUUUCUGUUUAAUGACUGUCUAGAGAUUGCAAGGAAACGACAUAAAGUUAUUGGUGUUUUCAAGAGCCCACAUGGUCAUACCAGGCCUCCGGCAUCUCUGAAACACAUUGUUCUUAUGCCUCUUUCACAGAUCAAGAAAGUGUUGGACAUCAGGGAAACGGAAGAUUGCCGUAAGGCUUUUGCUUUGGUUGUGCGACCACCAACAGAACAGAACAACUUGUUGUUCAGUUUUCAGAUGACAACUGAGGAACCUGCUAAAGAGGAUUGGCUGAAGAUGCUGUGUCGGCAUGUAGCCAAUACGAUUUGUAAAGCAGAUGCUGAAAACCUUAUUUACACUACUGAUCCAGAUUCAAUUGAAGUAAAUACUAAAGACAUGGACAGUACAUUAAGCAAGGCAUCCAGAGCAAUAAAGAAAACAUCAAAAAAGGUUACAAGAGCAUUCUCUUUCUCCAAAACACCAAGGAGAGCUCUUCGAAGGGCUAUAAUGGCGCACAGUUCAGUGGAAGGAAGGAGUCCCUGCUCAACUAAUGAGAGUUAUAUAGGCAGCUGCCUGACCAGUACAUCAUCAUUAGCUGGCAUGUCUUCACCUUCCUUAGUCAACCUUCCCUCAAUCUUUGAAAAGAGGAGACAUACCUUAAGCCGAUCAACGACUCACUUGAUAUGAACUAGGUUUCAAAUGGAAUGACUUACUGUAAUCAACUGACCAGCAGCUGGCUUUCCAGAUGACCUGUUACUGAUAGUAAUGGUACUUUAGUCAUUAGCACUUAGUGACAACUAGUAAGAUGUUAGAUAACACUAAAUUAAACGCAAGGAAUCUUGACUAGUAUUGAAGAGGAGAGAAGCAAGUCAACCAAGCAAGUGAUUGAGUUGGACUGGAUCUUGGUUAGAUGUAACAUUUGUUUACGCACACACAUUUCCUUACCAACAUAAUUUUUUUUCUUCAACAGAGGUGCUGUUUAUGCAUUAAAUUAAUUUGGUGUCAGUUUUUGAAAUUAAGAUGUCACUCACUUGAUUCUUCUGUUGACUGAGGUUAUUGAAUGAAUCAAAAGGAAGUAACCCAAUUUCAUCAAUUGGCUAUGCAUGCACUCCUUAGUGUAAGCUAAUGCUUGGAUCAUUGAUUAAACUGAAAUGUGUUAAGAAUGGCUACCUGCCAUUUAAGUAUGACAGUUGACCUGUUGUACAGCUGCUUAUUCUAGAUCUUAAAAAAAAAGUCUAACUCAUUAUAGCAUGAAUGUACUCGGAUUGAGUAAAUAUAAUGCUAUGGUCCUCUUGUGUUUUUCUAUCUCUUUCUAGUGUAAAGUUGUUGGCUGAUAAAUAUAUAUGUAUGCGGUUAUGUGACUGAUGAGUCAAAAUACUAUGACUGACUUAGGCACCAGAAGUCAUUUGGUGUGAUAAAUAAAACAAGCAAACUAUUUUUUUAAGCAGGAGUCCAAGGAAAAAAUCACUGUACUUAAAUUUUAUAUUUACAGCCUUUUAUUUGAGGCAGUUGUUAAAGAUAUUUCCAAAACCUUGGUCAACUGCUUUUUAUGUAGUUUAUGCAGACUACUUAGAUGUGAAGCUGAAAUUCUGGAAGUAAUUUCAGUUUCUGAUAGCUUUUUACUUUUGAUGUAGAUAUACUUUCAAAACUUACACCUAUUUUUUUUCUCUCUCUAUACUUUCUUUCCAAGUGGUGCAUUUCCAACCAAUCAAGUUUUCAAUAUAUAUUAGCAUCCGACACCACCUCAGGAAUUGUCCAAAUAUGUAUAUUUCUGCAUUUCAUUAACUUUAUUAAUUGCCUGUCUGUCCUAAGUGGGGUUUCCGACUUAGGUUUCCUUUAACCACAAGAUGCUAUCCUACUUGUUUAUAUGUAAUUAGUGCUGCUUUUGAACAUGUCAGAUGGUCUGUUACCUCUGUGUUUUUAAGAUAUAGUUUUUGACAAUACCACCAAUGUAAAUAAACUCAUUAAAACAACA